AUGACUACAUUGAUGAAAACGAGGGGUCUGCGUAUGUCUGCUCCCAAGCAGGAAACGCUUUUGAAAUUGACCGUCUUAUCUCUGGCAGCAAUAUUAUCGUUUGCUACGAGAUUAUUCUCAGUCUUAAGAUUUGAAAGUGUUAUCCAUGAAUUUGACCCGUAUUUCAAUUAUCGCACAACAAAAUACUUAGCAGAAAAUGGAUUUUAUAGUUUCCAUAAUUGGUUCGAUGAUCGGGUUUGGUAUCCUCUUGGGAGGAUAAUUGGAGGGACUAUAUAUCCAGGUUUAAUGAUAACUUCGGCAGCGUUAUAUCAUAUAUCAUGGUUAUUAAAUAUUACUCUAGACAUACGUACUAUCUGUGUCUUCCUCGCUCCGUUAUUUUCUAGUUUGACGACAAUUAUUACUUAUUUACUCACCAAAGAAUUGAAGGAUUCUGCGUCAGGAUUAUUUGCUGCAGCUAUGAUAGCAAUUGUCCCUGGUUAUAUAUCGCGAUCAGUAGCGGGAUCUUACGAUAACGAAGGCAUAGCUAUUUUUUGUAUGUUAUUUACAUAUUACAUGUGGAUCAAAGCAGUUAAGACGGGAGCGAUUUGCUGGGCUACCUGCGCCGCUCUCGCAUAUUUUUAUAUGGUUUCUUCGUGGGGUGGCUACGUAUUCCUAAUCAAUCUCAUUCCUUUACACGUGUUAACGUUAAUGGCGACUGGUAGAUUUUCUCACAGGAUAUACACGGCGUACAGUAUCUUGUACUGCUUAGGAACGAUUCUAUCUAUGCAAAUAUCGUUCGUCGGCUUCCAACCGGUCCAGAGCUCUGAACACAUGCUCGCAUUGGGCGUUUUUGGACUCUGUCAGAUUCAUGCCCUCGUUGAUUAUUUGCGUAGUAAAAUGUCGCAGGAAGAUUUCGAAAUAUUGUUCCGAGGUCUUCUUAUCUCUGUAGUCAGUGUAACAUUCGUGUUGGGUGUUAUCUUAACGAUCACAGGAAAAAUAUCUCCUUGGACUGGUCGUUUUUAUUCCCUCUUGGACCCGUCGUACGCGAAGAAUCAUAUACCGAUAAUUGCUUCCGUUUCCGAACAUCAGCCAACAUCUUGGAGUUCAUUUUACUUCGAUCUCCAGAUCUUAGUAUUCCUCUUUUCACCGGGUUUAUACUUCUGUUUCUCGAAAUUAACGGACUCGAACAUUUUCCUCAUCUUGUAUGGAGUUACAAGUUUAUACUUUGCCGGUGUGAUGGUUCGUUUGAUGUUAGUCCUUGCUCCCGUGAUGUGUAUCUUGGGUGGAAUCGCAGCUUCCUCUUUACUCAUCACUUACAUGAAACAAUUGGACAGAGGAAAGACCGGUGAUAAGAAAUCAAAGAAAUUUGAAAGUAAUUACGUUCUCAGGAGCGAGAUUGCCAUGCUUUUUAUAACUAUGAUGUGCAUUCUCUUCUUUUCGUAUACCAUCCAUUGCACGUGGGUCACAGCAGAAGCUUACAGCUCGCCCAGCAUCGUGUUAUCGGCACGUUCUCCAGACGGUGGUCGUAUGAUUUUCGAUGACUUCAGGGAAGCGUAUUACUGGUUACGCAUGAACACUCCAGAAAAUGCUAAGAUCAUGUCUUGGUGGGAUUACGGUUAUCAAAUCACGGCAAUGGCGAAUCGCACUAUUUUAGUAGACAAUAAUACGUGGAACAAUACUCACAUAUCAAGAGUCGGUCAGGCAAUGGCAAGCUCAGAGGAGAAAGCUUAUGAGAUAAUGAGAGAGUUAGAUGUGAAUUACGUUCUCGUUAUUUUCGGAGGACUCACGGGCUAUUCGUCGGACGAUAUUAACAAGUUCCUAUGGAUGGUGCGCAUCGGCGGUAGUACCGAAAAAGGGAAAUCCAUAACAGAAUGGGACUAUUACAACUCUGCGGGUGAAUUCAGAGUUGAUAAAGAGGGUUCUCCGAUUUUGCUUAAUUGUCUUAUGUACAAAAUGUGUUAUUACAGAUUCGGUCAAGUUUAUACAGAAGGCGGCAAACCAUCUGGGUAUGACAGAGUCAGAAAUAUGGAGAUCGGUAAUAAAGACUUUGAGCUCGAUACGUUAGAAGAAGCUUACACCACGGAACACUGGCUCGUCCGGAUUUACAAAGUGAAGGACUUGAGGAACAGAGGGAUCUAA